UCGGGUAUAAUGGGCAACAUAAUACUCUAUAAGACAUCAAUCACGGUGCUGAUGAUCAUAAGAGCCGCCAUCAUUUUAACAAUUCAUAACUGCUUCAUCUCCUCUCUUCCGUAUGAAACUCAUCGGCAUUAAUGGCGAAGGAGAGUUUUGACUGUAAAAAGCGACUGCUCAGCUCCUCGCCGAAGCAGAUUAGGGUUUAAUUCACUUCAAUGGCGACUUUUCCAAUUCAAAUCAAGCAGAGUGCAAAAAAAAGCCAGACUCCAAAUCGAAAUCGAAACAUCAACCAUGUUCACCUGCGAGAUCUGCGCGGAGGAGAAGCUAGUAAGCGAUUUCUUUCGAAUUCAAGGCUGCAAUCACUCUUACUGCACCAAUUGCAUCGCCAAAUUCGUGGCUACGAAAGUAGAUCAGAAUACAACCUCCAUUACCUGCCCUAGCAGCGCAUGCGACGUCGUUUUGGAGCCUCAAAAUUGCCGCUCUAUUAUCGCGCAGAAGGUGUUCGACAGAUGGUCCGAAGCUCUGUGCGAGGCUAUGAUUCCGUCGCCGGAGAAGUUCUACUGUCCGUUCAAGGACUGUUCGUCUCUGCUGAUCAACGACAGCGGUGAGUUUGUGGUUGAAUCUGAAUGUCCUGUUUGCAACAGACUUUUCUGCGCGCAGUGUAAGGUUCCAUGGCAUUCGGAGAAGACGUGCGAGGCGUUCAGGAGAUCGGGUUCAGGCGAGAGUAGCCGUGAGGAUGUUAUGGUGAAGAACCUUGCCAAGGAUUUGAAAUGGAUGAGGUGUUCUGUCUGCGGAUUCUUCAUCGAGAAAUUGUAUGGUUGCGAUCACAUGAAAUGCAGGUGCGGACAUGCUUUCUGUUACAAUUGUGGAGCUACAUUGAUAGCGGGUCAUUGUAACCGGUGUGGAUGAUGAACUAUAUAGCGAAGCGUCGUCGUUCUUUUGAGAUGUGUAGAAAUUUGAUGGAACUUGAG